UCAAGAGCUGGAGACCGGAAGUCGGAUUUCGGCUGCGGUGGCGAAGGCAGCUUCCUCCGUAAACCAAAAGCUGAGGUUCUUGAUCCUCCACAAUGGGUGAACCACAGCAAGUGAGUGCACUUCCUCCACCUCCAAUGCAGUACAUCAAGGAAUAUACGGAUGAAAAUAUUCAGGAAGGCUUAGCUCCCAAGCCUCCGCCACCAAUAAAAGACAGUUAUAUGAUGUUUGGCAAUCAGUUCCAAUGUGAUGAUCUUAUCAUCCGCCCUCUGGAAAGUCAAGGCAUUGAACGGCUUCAUCCAAUACACUUUGAUCAUAAGAAAGAACUGAGAAAACUCAAUAUGUCUAUCCUUAUUAAUUUCUUGGACCUUUUAGAUAUCUUGAUAAGGAGCCCUGGGAGUAUGAAACGAGAAGAGAAGCUAGAAGAUCUUAAGCUGCUUUUUGUACACGUGCAUCAUCUUAUAAAUGAAUACCGACCCCACCAAGCAAGAGAGACCUUGAGAGUCAUGAUGGAGGUCCAGAAACGACAACGGCUUGAAACAGCAGAGAGGUUUCAGAAGCACCUGGAACGUGUAAUUGAGAUGAUUCAAAAUUGCUUGGCUUCUUUGCCUGAUGAUUUGCCCCACUCGGAAGCAGGGAUGAGAGUAAAAACUGAACCAAUGGAUGCUGAUGAUAGCAAUAAUUAUACUGGACAGAAUGAACAACAAAGAGACAAUUCAGGUCAUAGGAGAGACCAGAUUAUAGAGAAAGAUGCUGCCUUGUGUGUCCUAAUUGAUGAAAUGAAUGAAAGACCAUGAAGGAUGUUUUUCUGUUUUUCUUUUGGUGAAUAGCAUCAUAUAUUAGUUUAUUUUGUUUUGGACGGUCUUAAAAGAGGUUUAAGUAAAAAUGUAAACACCUUUUAUCUUGACUGUCCAAGUUUUCUGGUUAGGAGAUGUCUCAGGCAGUAAUUUCACUGUGUAACAAGAGUAGGCAAAUGAGUACCCCUGCAUUAAGAAUAAUCACCUUAAAAAGCAGAGUGUUUCCUGCUGUAGUGUGGGACAUUCCUGUUUUUGGAGUUAUAGUAAAACCGCGAAGAUAUCCUCAAUAAUAGCAAGGCUUCAUCCUUGAAAAGUAGAUAUUUCAUUUGCUUUAAAGAUAAUAAGAAAAGGAUAUCAAGCUGUAUAAAUGUGAAAUUAUGAAAUCUUUAGACAUAUUCCAUUAAGAAUUUUGCUUAAUCUCCAAAAAAGUAGUGUAACAUGUUAAAAGAGAAGUACCCAGUAGAGUUAUAAAACAGGAACUUUAUUUUUCCUCGUGACUGUCCCUGUAAACCCACCAUCUCAGCCCCUUCUCCUAUCCUAGAUGGAAUCCUGGGUGUGGGGUUAGUGGUCCCAUUAGCUGUUUUUUGUUUAGUCACUCAGGUAAUAAGUCCUUUGGUCACUUUAGUUAUAAAUAUUCAUUUUAAGAUGGCUAUGUAAUUAACUACACAUUUUCUUUAAAGCUAAGCUUAGACUUGCUUAAGGCUGGAAUCCUGCAAUGGGAAAAGAGUUUGGUGGCAGAUACUGCUAGAUGUCUACCAAAGAUUCUUGUUUCCCUUUGAGAUGUGUUACUGAGCUACGGCUACCCAGCCAUGGACUAUUUCCCCACUGUCCUUGCAUCUGUGUGAGGCCAUGUGACAAAGUUCUGGGUAGUGGAUUAUGGGUGUAGGAAUCCAGGCCUAUCCCAUAAAAAUUUCUUGCAUGAUCCUCCAUUCUCUUCUUUCAAUCUGUUGGUUGGAUUGAAAUUAUUUUGGCCACAGCCGAAAUAACUUUGGAAGCUACUUGAAGAUGGCAAAGAUUCAGUGAGUUUGAGUCCUUUAAUGACUGUAAGGACCAGGUUCUCUUGUUCACUCCUCUUCCCCCAGCUAAUUUGACUUUAUAUGAGCAAGAAAUAAACUUGUUUUGAGUACUGAGA